AUGCGCCCAAUUACAAGAGUUGCGUUGCGGCCGUAUGUUUGCGCAUCUUGCCGCCAUGGCAUUGGCGGUGGCCGACGCCGAUUCGGCACCAAAAUCGAUCAAACUCCCGACAUCUACGACGUAGUCUGCGUCGGGGGUGGUCCGGCGGGCUUGGGACUUUUGGCUGCACUCCGUGCUUCUCCCAUCACAUCGAAGCUCAAGGUCGCCCUGGUCGAAAGCCAGGAUCUCAACAAGGCCCAGGCAUGGAACAUGCCAUCGGAUCAGUUCUCGAACCGCGUUAGCAGCUUGACCCCGUCUUCUGCUUCUUUCCUACGCAAAAUUGGCGCGUGGGAGCAUCUUGAUACCAGUCGUGUGCAGGAAUACCAGGAGAUGCAGGUGUGGGAUGGCGAGACCGGAUCACGAAUAUCGUUUGACCAUUCCUGGGAUACAAGUGCGUUCGAAGAUAUGCGCGCAGUUGCAACCAUGACCGAGAACUCGAACCUUGUGCGUGCGCUUCUCCAUCGUAUUUCUGCCUCGGGCGAUGAGGGUCUCACGCUCUUCUCGAAUACUACUGUCGCCUCUAUUGAGAACGGAUCCGAUCUUCAGACUGCCGGGCCUGACCUCUCCGCUUGGCCGAUCCUCUCUGUAAAGCCUACUGGGCCGGGAUCAGAGGGCAAGGAGCCUUCUCGCAUUGCAGCAAGAUUGCUAGUUGGCGCAGACGGAAUUAACAGUCCCGUGCGCUCGUUCGCCGAUAUUCCCACCCAGGGCUGGGAUUACAAUCGCCACGGAAUCGUCGCAACUCUCUCGCUUGCAGACCUCGAUACACCUCCCUUCCCGGCAAACCUGCGCACAGCUUACCAGCGCUUCCUGCCCGCCCUAGGAGGACCCGUUGCUCUCCUCCCACUUCCAAACAACCACGCCACACUAGUCUGGUCAACGACACCCGAGCACGCCGCGUACCUGAAAUCGCUCUCCCCAUCCGCCUUCCUGGCCAUGGUUAACGCCGCCUUCCGAUUCUCCAUGACAGACCUAAAAUACAUGAUGGGCAUGUCCACCUCUGAGCAAAUAUCUCACGAAGACGAGCUCGCCUGGCGCGUGCAGCACACUCCCCUUCCGCCACAAACCCCACCCUUCGCCACAGCCGUGCAGUCAGGCACUAUAGCUUCUUUCCCUCUGCGCUUCCGCCACGCAGCACAGUAUAUCUCGCCCCGAGUCGCACUCGUCGGCGACGCAGCUCAUGUCAUCCACCCCCUCGCCGGACAAGGUCUGAACCUCGGCCUGGCGGACGUGGCUUCUCUUUCGCGGACGAUCGAGUAUGCCGUUUCUCAUGGCAUGGACAUCGGUGAUCUCCUUACCCUUGAGCGGUACUCUUCGGAGCGCUACCUGCCUAAUGCGAAGAUCGGCGGUGCUUGUGAUCUUUUGCACAAGAUGUAUACUAUCCCUGGGCAGGGCCCGAUCACCUGGGCGCGUAGUCUGGGUCUGAAUGUCAUUGACAAAUUGCCCUUUGUUAAGUCGUUCUUGAUGAAGAAUGCCGAGGGGUAUUAA